CGUAAUAAGCGAAUGGCAAAUAAAUAAACGACUGAUUUUAUUUAAUCACAGUGAUCAUAUAAAUAAUACAGGGAAAAUUGUAACAGCAACAGUUGUCAAACAGUAACCAUGCGUCUCUUCCUCGCUUUACUGGCUCUGGGCUUCGCAGCCGUAGCGGCUGUCCCAGCAAACCCUCAGAGGAUCGUGGGUGGUUCUACUACCACUAUUCAGCAGUAUCCCACCAUUGUUGCUCUGCUGUACUCCAGGAAUGGAAACACUUUCUUCCAAACUUGCGGUGGUAUCAUUCUCAAUAACAGAAAUAUCCUCACUGCUGCUCACUGCCCCUACCGAGACGUAAUCAACAGAUGGCGUGUUCGAUCUGGUUCGACUUACGCGAACAGCGGCGGUGUCGUUCACAACUUCAACGGCCUAAUGAUCUACCCUAACUUCAACCGAAGAACUCUUGACAACGACAUCGCUAUUAUGCGCACCGCUAGCAACAUUGCCUUCAACAACGCCGCACAGCCCGCCAGAAUCGCUGGCGCCAACUACAACCUCGGUGACAACCAAGUUGUCUGGGCUGCCGGAUGGGGUGCCAUCAGGAGUGAUGGUCCUUCAUCGGAACAGCUGCGCCAUGUUCAGGUUUGGACUGUGAACCAGGCCACGUGCAGGUCUCGCUACGCCAGUAUUGGCCGUACCAUCACCGAAAACAUGUUGUGCUCUGGCUGGCUCGACGUCGGCGGUCGCGACCAGUGCUAUGGUGAUUCCGGCGGUCCUCUAUACCACAACGGUGUUGUCGUUGGGGUGUGCUCCUGGGGCCACGAAUGCGCUUUGCCUAACUUCCCUGGUGUCAACGUUCGUGUCUCACGCUUCGCUAAUUGGAUCAGGAACAACGCCUAAAUUUUUAGGAAGUGCAAUGUAAAAAAUCGUCUACUGUAAAAAAGUUUUUUCUUUUUUAUAUUUUCCCGGAAAGUUGUUUGUGAUAUACUAAUGCGUUCCAUAUGAACUAUGAACACUCAUACAUCAUUCGAUGUACGUUAUAUUUUCGAAUUUUACCUUCUACAGAAAUCAAAUCUUUAAUCUUCGUAUACCGAGUUGAAUUUUCAAUUUGUCAGCAUCAAAGACUGAGAGGACAACGACAACUCUAUGCCACAUUUCUUCAGAUGGAUGAAUAAAGUAUCAAUAAUUA